UCGGAUUACUUCCAUUACUUCAAGCCUUCGAACACAGGCAAUUAGGGCAGAAAACAGUUAUUGCUAGGUUUUUUGAUUUAGGGAUUAUGUUUUAGAUUUAGCCUCCAAUAGCUAGGGAUUGAUCUAAAUCCAUCUAUUACAAUGUAAUCCUGGUAGGAUUGAAGUUAAAUUGACACUAACUUCGGAACCAAAGUAAGAGGUCGGAUUUCGGAGUGGAAAAAGUGCCAAAAGUUUAAGCAGCAGGAAAUAUAAACAAAACUUAACGAGAAUGUUUCGAUUACGGGUGAAAAUAUUUUAUAUAUACAUUCUGAUUUCGUUUAUGCUGUCGGUAUAUUUAUUCUAUUUGAUUUCGAAAUAUUCCGUAGAAAAGUUUAUAAAUUACCAGCGCAAUGCAAGAAACAACAAACUACCUGACCGACCCAGGAUUCCCCAGAUAGUUGGCCACUAUGUUGCCCCCGGUGUUGUGGGGAACGUGUCGAGAGAUUUCAUGAACACCAACAAUUUUGCUCCGGUUCCGGGAGUCGGGGAAAAUGGUGAUCCGGUUGUGGUGCAAGCCAAAGAUCUACUCAAGAUGCAGCAAUUGUUCCAGAUCAAUCGGUACAAUUUGCUGGCUAGUGACAGAAUAGCCUUGAAUCGGACCCUUCCGGAUGUGCGGAAAUCAAAAUGUCUCAGUAAACAGUAUCCUUCGAAACUACCGACGACGUCAAUUAUAAUAGUCUUCCACAACGAAGCCUGGUCCGUGCUGCUGAGGACGGUUUGGAGCGUUAUCGAACGAUCUCCGAGACAUUUAAUCAAAGAAAUUUUGCUGGUAGAUGACGCAAGCGAUAGGCGAUUUCUGAAAACCGAACUUGAGAACUACGUCCAGAAGCUGCCGGUUGUGGUCAGCAUUUUGCGACUGAACAAAAGGGAAGGAUUGGUGGCCGCAAGAUUGAUGGGAGCCAGAGUUGCGACUGGAGACACUCUUACAUUCUUAGAUGCUCACUGUGAAUGUUCACCCGGAUGGCUCGAACCGCUGCUGGCUCGCAUCCAACAGAACCCCAAAAAAGUGGUUUGUCCUGUAAUUGACAUAAUCUCUGACGACAAUUUUUCCUACAUCAAGAGUUUCGAAUUCCAUUGGGGUGCUUUCAAUUGGGAGCUGCACUUCCGGUGGUACACGCUAAGCGAUGAGGAACUAGCAGAGCGCAGGAAGGACACGACUUUGCCUUUCAAGACUCCGGCCAUGGCUGGUGGAUUGUUCACCAUAGAUCGGAAAUACUUCUUCGAUGUAGGCAGCUACGACGAAAAGUUGAAAAUCUGGGGUGGAGAUAACUUGGAAAUGUCGUUCCGGAUUUGGCAGUGCGGCGGAGAGGUGGAAAUUGCUCCGUGCUCCCAUGUUGGACAUUUGUUUCGGAAAAGUUCUCCAUAUACAUUCCCAGGAGGUGUGAGUGGGAUAUUGAAUGAAAAUCUCGCUCGAGUUGCUCUAGUUUGGAUGGACGAUUGGGCCAAGUUUUUCUUCAAGUACAACAAAGGUACAGAGGAGUUUAAGAAUUUGAAUGUUUCCUCGCGCAUCGCUCUAAGAAAGGAACUUAACUGCAAAUCCUUCGAUUGGUAUCUCCGUAAAGUGUGGCCUCAGAAUUUUUUCCCAGCACCUAACAAA